UCUAGCAACAUAAAAGUGUUAACCUUAACCUUAGCUAGCUUACCUUUAUGUGGGGCCUGCAUGCCACCUGCCUGCAGAUUUUCAUCAAUAUAUAACACUAAUUCAUUGUCUCACUUUCUUGUUCCAUUGCAUAAACUUCCAAACUUUCCAUUUAAAUUAAACCUCAUAACUACCCUCAAAAGUCUUGAAUUCAAGCUUUAAGUUCGUUAUUUCACAACCAAACCCAAAGAAGAAAAUAUCUUUAUGGACCCAAUUAACCAUUUUGGGUUCUCCUACAACUCUCAUCAACACUUACCAAUUCGCAAGUUUUCACAGGCAGCCCGUGUUGAACACCACCAGUUCCAGUCAGAUGAUCCUUUAUCAUGGGACACCCCGCAUCAUCAUCUCGAUGAUGAUAAUGUGUAUCCUUAUGAUAUAACCGCUUCUGCAGAUUCCAUAGAGCAUCAAUUUGUGGAUACAUUCUUUAACAAUGAUCAUUACCAUGAUGUUGACUUUGACCUUGACCUUGACACUUUCUUGAUGCCUGACGACAACACAGAUGUUCCUAUGAUGAUCCAAGGGUCAGAACAUGAUCAUGAUCAGGAUCAAAUGAGGGUGAAUGGUGUAAAUGAUGGGCUGCAAUUGGUGCAUUUGUUACUGGCGUGUGCGGAGGCUGUGGGUUGCAGGGACACCCGAUUAGCCGAAUCGAUUCUUUCCAAAAUCUGGUGUUCAGCAAACCCUCUAGGCGAUUCGUUACAACGGGUAUCGUAUUAUUUCGCCACAGGUUUGAAAUCAAGAUUAUCUCUUCUGCAAACCAACAUCAAUCCAAACGGUACCGUUUCCAGAGGAGUAACCCUUCCUCCAGAGGUCACUCGAGAAGAAAGAAUCGAAGCUUUUGAAUUACUUCACCAAACCACACCAUACAUUGAGUUCGGAUUCAUGGCUGCAAAUGAGGCCAUCAUACAAGCGACUGACCCAUCGGUCCGUUUGCACAUUAUUGAUCUGGGAAUGGAUCACAUAUUGCAGUGGCGGUCCCUGAUAAGAACCCUAGCCUCAUGUUCAAGUUCAAGUUCAGCCAUGUGUCAAGAAGUCUCACCAAAACUCAUCCGGAUCACUGGUGUUUUAGGAGAUCGGGGUGAUAUAAUGGAGUUGGAAACCAAAACGGAGGCGUUGGUGGCGGAAGCGAAUACUCUCGGGAUUGAACUAGAGUUCCGCCUGAUAGCCGGACCGGCCACCUCGGAAAUGCUAACAAGGGAAAAUUUAAGUUUGAAAGAAGGUGAACCAUUGUUUGUGAACAGCAUGCUUCACAUGCAUACAUACGUGAAGGAAAGUAGAGGAUCACUGAAAACGAUACUUCAAUCGAUCAAGAAGUUAGGGCCCACAUUGUUAACGGUGGUGGAACAGGACGCAAACCAUAAUGGGCCGUUCUUUUUGGGCCGGUUUCUAGAAUCAUUGCAUUAUUACUCAGCUAUAUUUGACUCAUUGGAGGCUAGCAUGGGGAGAAACAGUAUUGAAAGGAUGAAGAUAGAGAGGAACCACUUUGCUGAGGAGAUAAGGAACAUAGUGGCGUAUGAGGGAACCGAGAGGGUGGAGCGGCAUGAGAGGGCGGAUCAGUGGCGGCGACAGCUAGCGAGAGCAGGGUUUCAGUUGGUGACCGGAAUGAAGGAUCACCAUGCAACUGUGAUGAAGAGUUUAAAGAGUGGUGAGGGGUAUACAGUCGGGAAUGAUCAGAAAGGGUAUGUGUUGCUUGGUUGGAAAGGGCGACCGAUAAUGCUUGCCGCUGCAUGGCAACCAAGCUCGCCACUCUCUUGAUAACCCGUCGCAUCCUUUUCAAUUUCUUUUGAUGAACACAUUACUCAUUUUUUAUGUGUUAAAGAUUAAUUAAUUACUUAAAACAGACAUGGAGGAUGUUUAAUCCAAUAAGUUGAUGGUUCUAAGGGUUAGAAUGAAAUAUCGUGUCACUGAAUAAACAGUCAUUUAUCAUUCAGGUCGAAAUCCAUAUAGGAUCGAUCACUCGGGCAUUUUAUUCAUUCAAGCACUGUUAUAUCAUUUUUCCUGUGCAGAUAACUUGAAUGACUUUGGUUCUGAUUUUGAA